UUUUCGUGAACCAUGACAAGCGCGGUGCUCGGGUACAUUGGGAUCAUGAUGUCCGUCGUCUUCUUCGGGACGACGUACGUCCCCGCCAAGCAGUUCCCGACGUACGACGGCAUGGUGUUCCAGUGGUAUAUGUGUUCGGGGAUCUUGGCCGUUGGGUUGUUUUGGGGCCUCGUCAGCAAUCAAUGGGAUCACUUCGCCGAGCAAGGAAUGUACAUGUUUCCCCAAGGGCUUCUCGGAGGAUGCUUGUUUGCCCUGGCGAAUGUGUUGAUCCCGACGGUCGUUAACACCCUUGGGCUCGGAGUCGGUUUUAUGCUGUGGAAUGGCGCGAACAUCACGAUGGGCUACCUCGUCUCUCGCUUUGGCCUCUUUGGUGUACACCCGACGAUUCCAUCCCAUCCAUGGCUUAGUGCACUUGGCAUCUUGUUCAUGCUUGCGUCAAUCGUGGUCUACGGCAUGGUCCAGCCAAAGCUGGCAAGCCAUGCAUCGCCAUCUCCACAUCGUCCACCCGCCGAUCCGCUUGUUGACGUGGCGACUGUGGACGAAUCGACUCCGCUCAUGCAAAAGGACUAUACCUCAAGCUCCGAUUCAAUUCUCGACCUGGAUUUGAGCGCCAUGUCCAAGGAAAACUUGGCCGAGUCGUUGAUCCAUCCUGAACUGCCCAACUAUGGACCGUUCUCGCUGCCUGCCGAAGUCCACGAGCAUGUCGCGAUCGCAAAUGCCGCCGACGAACGAAAACGCAAGUACAUUGGCGUUGGGUUGGCUCUCUUCCUCGGCUGCAUUCUCGGCAACUGCCUCACGCCGUACGUGCUCUGGCAACAGAGCUGCACGGCCGUCGGGGGCUGCAACCCACUCAACUUUUUGUUUUCUCAAUGCAUGGGCAUAUACGUCACGUCGACCGUGUGCUUUUUGAUCUAUGCGUCGUUCUUCCGCUACCACAAGCGAAGCAUGCCGCGCAGUGCGAUGCGCCCCGCCUAUGUCUCUGGGCUGCUGUGGGCCAUGGGCCUGGCCGGUCAGCUCCUGAGUGCAGGCAACCUCGGGUUUGACAUGGUCUACCCUCUGACGUCGAUCGGGCCCGCGAUGGUGUCGAUGCUCUGGAGCGCAAUCUACUUCAAGGAAAUUGAAGGGAAGCGGAAUAUGACCAUCAUGGCCAUUGGCACGGCGAUGAUCGUUGCAGGCACGGCAUUGCGCGCGAUCGCGGCCUAGACGGACCACCCUGUCCGGUCGAAUUGCUGCUCAAUAUCCAUCAUGGAAUCCGUUUUCAAGCAAGCUGUGUUGUACAUGUUGGCAUGGCGAUUCGUUGAACGAAGCGAGAUGGAUGAAUUUGGCGCGGCGUGGUCGAUUUCUGCGUGGCGCUUGCAAGGUAGCACGCAUGCUACCGUUGGGAAGUCUCGACAACGGCGUGCUUGGUCUCGUGGAGUGUCGACGUCUUGGGAUGGUGGCGGCGUUCUCGGUCGGUCCAGUCGGUUGACGGAAUGUCGAGCGCGACUUCAAUGUCGGUCGACGGCUUGAGCCACUCGAGA